GGUUUUCCUUCCUUUCACACACAUCCUCACGUCCUCUUUCCUUCUCCAUGAACAGGGUGCCCUGUUCCCAGACCGGAGCUGAUCUGCCAGCCAGACCCGGGGCGGGAGCUGUGGAUGGUGAAGACAGAUCUCUCCCGAGGCGCCUGUCCAGGUGACAAAGAGAAAUGCAAGACCACAGAAUCUACCACUUGUGAGCCAGCCCUGUGCGAGAGAUUCUCAGUCCAGGAACAACUAACGCAGACAGUUCCAGGGGACUCCCAAGGAGACCAAACCAAGGACCAGCGUGGCCCAUCACAAGUGUCCCUGCAGGAAGGACACGUGGGACCAGGGAUAGACCCUCCGAGGGAGAGGCUCCCUGGGAGCCCUGACCAUGGCGGCUCAGGGACACCUGACGGGGUGUGUGUGAGGACUGUGCAGGAGCCAGCUCCUCCAGGAGGUGCUGUCCUUCACCAUGGCUCACAUGAAUUACGGAAAGAUCCCAUGAUUCAAGAAGAGGAAAAUAUCUUUAAAUGCAGUGAAUGUGGGAAAGUGUUUAACAAGAAACACCUUCUUGCGGGACAUGAAAAGAUUCACUCUGGAGUGAAGCCCUAUGAAUGCACAGAAUGUGGGAAAACAUUUAUUAAGAGCACGCACCUCCUUCAACACCACAUGAUCCACACAGGGGAGAGGCCCUAUGAGUGCAUGGAGUGUGGGAAGGCCUUCAACCGCAAGUCCUACCUGACACAACACCAGCGGAUUCACAGUGGAGAGAAGCCCUAUAAGUGCAAUGAAUGUGGAAAGGCCUUCACCCACCGCUCCAAUUUUGUCUUGCAUAAGAGGAGACACACUGGAGAAAAAUCCUUUGUCUGCAAAGAAUGUGGGCAAGUUUUUCGACACAGGCCAGGAUUUCUCCGACAUCACAUCGUCCACAGCGGCGAGAACCCCUAUGAGUGCUUCGAGUGUGGGAAGGUCUUCAAACACAAGUCAUACCUCAUGUGGCACCAGCAGACUCACACUGGGGAGAAGCCCUAUGAGUGCAGUGAGUGUGGGAAAGCCUUCUGUGAGAGCGCGGCCCUCAUCCACCACUACGUCAUCCACACGGGGGAAAAGCCCUUUGAAUGCCUCGAGUGCGGGAAGGCCUUCAACCACAGGUCCUACCUCAAGAGGCACCAGCGGAUCCACACGGGGGAGAAGCCUUUUGUGUGCACGGAAUGUGACCGGGCCUUCACCCACUGCUCCACUUUCAUCCUGCACAAGAGGGCCCACACUGGAGAAAAGCCGUUCGAGUGUAAGGAAUGUGGCAAAGCCUUCAGCACCAGGAAAGACCUCAUCCGGCACUUCAGCAUCCACACUGGAGAGAAACCCUAUGAGUGCGGUGAGUGUGGGAAGGCCUUCAACCGCAGGUCAGGCCUCACGAGGCAUCAGCGGAUUCACAGCGGAGAGAAGCCCUAUGAGUGCAUGGAGUGCGGCAAAUCCUUUUGCUGGAGCACUAACCUCAUCCGACACGCCAUCAUCCACACCGGGGAGAAACCCUAUAAGUGCAGUGAGUGUGGGAAGGCCUUCAGUCGUAGCUCAUCCCUCACUCAGCAUCAAAGGAUGCAUUCUGGGAGAAACCCUGUCAGUGUAACACAUGUGGAGAGGCCCUUCCCAAGUGGUCAGACUGCGCUCACGCUCCGAGAGCUCCUGUUGGGGAAGGACUUUUUGAAUGUAAACACCGAGGAAAAUCUUUUGUCAGAGAAAACAUCCACCACAGCAUCUGAUUGUACUUACCAGAGAGAGACCCCACAAGGAUCUUCACUGUGAGAAAAGAUCAUUGUUGCAGAUCAUCACUGUCACAUGAAGACACAUUUUAGAAAGUGACCCAGCCUAGAGCCUUAUUGUCAUCUGAGGAUUUCUCUAUGAGGGCAUGCACCAAGGAACCCUUCGCCUCCAUCUUUUUACUUAGUUUACAUCGCAGUAUAUCUCAGGAAUUUUUUUUUUUAGUAGAGAAAAUGCAAUGAGACUUCUCUGUUAAGCCUACAGCACUUUGUCGUGGAUUACCUAGUUUACUUGGGGCAAGAGGAAUGUUGUUUCAGGGUGAAAGGCCUUGAUUCUUGGUGUGUUUUGUAUACAUUCAUUGUUGUCUAGGGUCAGGAGAGUUAGAAGUUGAGGGCAAGUAUUUAAGAAAAGGAUGCACAUAUGAAAGGGCAGACCAGUUAAGACUGUUAAGGCUUAGAUUUUUUUAAAAAUUAUGUGAUUUUAAGACAUAAAACAUUUUUUUAAUUCCUAUUUAUUGUUUUAUUUCUGUAUUAGACUGUAAAUCUUAAAAUUCAGUAAAGUGAUCCCUCUCUAUACAUUAUUUGAAAUUGACUUAGCUUUCCUAGUUUCUUUAACUUUUCAUAUAAAUCUUAAGGUAAGUUUAUCUAUUCUUACCAAAAAAAAUCUUACUCUCAUUUUCUUAGAAGUUGAUUUACAAUGUAGGUCGGUUUGAGAAUCAGCAUUAUGAACAAGUAUAUGAUAUGACUACAUUUAAUUAAUAACUCUUGAUUUCAUUAGCAUUUUAUCUAGGUUUUUGUUUUUGAGUGGUAGUGGCAUUGAUUUUUAAAUUUAAAUUUUCCACACGAUCUUAGGUAGUACACAAUAAUGUAAUUAUUUUUGGGGGGUGGUUUUGGUAGCCUGCUAAACUCACUUAUGAUUAGCCAUUUCUUUGGAUAGAAUCCUUGGGUUCUCUACCUAGAAAUGUCAACUGCAACUAGUUUUAUUUCUUCCUUCCCAAUUUGUAUACCUGUUAUUCUGUUAUUUCCUUUUCUCAUUGCACUGACUAGGACUUCAGUAUGAUGUUGAAUAGGAGUAGUAAGGAAGGACAUCCUUGACUGGUUCCUGAGACCUAGCGGAGGGAACAUUCAGUUUUUCGUCAUUAAGUACCAUACUAACUGUAAGUUUUCAUAGUUUUCUCAUCAAAUUUAUAAAGUUUCCCUCUAUUCUUAAUUUUCUGAGAUCUUUAUUGUUAUGAAUAGGUAUUGGGUUUUGUCAAGUGCUUUGCAUCAAUUGAUAUGAUCAUCUGAUUUUUUUCCUCCAUAUCCUGUUGAUACUACGGUAUUGCAUUGAGUAUUGAAUAUUGAACCAGCCUUGCAUUCUUGCAAUAAACCCACUUGGUUGUGGAGUAUAAUUCUUUUUAUAUACCAUAUUAAAGCAUUCCAUUUGAAUAUA